AGAAGAAAAGGAGCUCUCAGACAUGUCGUGGAUCAGAGAAGGAGAGCUGACCAUCAUAGAGAGAUUUUGUGCCAACAUCAUCAAGGCAGGUCCAAUGCCCAAGCAUGUUGCCUUCAUCAUGGAUGGCAAUCGCCGUUAUGCCCAAAAGUGUCACGUGGAGAGACAGCAGGGGCAUUCACAAGGCUUUGAUAAGCUGGCACAGACACUACGGUGGUGCUUAAAUCUGGGCAUCCGGGAGGUCACUGUUUAUGCCUUUAGUAUUGAGAACUUUAAACGCUCCAAGGAGGAGGUGGAUGGACUAAUGGAUCUGGCAAGACAGAAAUUUAGCCGCCUACUGGAAGAACAGGAGAGCUUGAGGAAGCACGGUGUGUGUAUCCGUGUCCUCGGAGACCUGCCACUUCUGCCUGUGGAUAUUCAGGAGCUGAUUGCCCAAGCUGUGCUGGCAACUAGGAACUACAACAAAUGCUUUCUAAAUGUCUGCUUUGCAUACACAUCGAGACAUGAAAUCAGCAACGCUGUGAGGGAGAUGGCCUGGGGGGUGGAACAAGGACUGCUUGAACCCAGUGACGUGUCUGAAUCGUUGCUUGAUAAGUGUCUGUACACCAACAACUCCCCUGACCCAGACCUCCUGAUUCGAACCUCUGGAGAGGUUCGGUUGAGUGAUUUCUUGCUCUGGCAGACAUCUCAUUCAUGCCUGGUGUUUCAGUCAGUCUUGUGGCCCGAAUAUUCCUUUUGGAACUUGUGUGAGGCUAUCCUUCGGUUCCAGAUGAACUACAGUGCUUUACAGAAGGCCAGAGACUCCUACAUGGAGGAAAGGAGGCGACAACAGAUGGAAAGGGAUCAGGCUUACGUGACAAAGAAGCUGCAGCAGGAGGGGUUUGCGUCCCACGGAGACUCUCAGCGCCGAUGGACACUGUUGCAGAAAUGCACCGCCAUGCGGGAAGAGAGAAUCCAGGGCUUUCUACAGGCACUAGAGCACAAGAGAGUGGACUUCUUUGAAAGAUUGUGUAUGGUGUCUGCGUGACAUAGGUGCUGGGUUGUUCUUGGGAAGAGAAUUUUUAACUGUGGUAGAGGGAACAGCUGCUGCCCAGAGGAAUUCACUCAGUGUGGUUCUGCAGUGGGGAUGCAGGGCUGCUACAGGACUUUACGUCCCCGCUGGCCCUGUCCGAAGGCAGGGACACAGUACUGUGAACCUUUCUAGUUCUGCUGAGGAAGGUAAUGCCGUCCUUUUGUCUCGUCUCCCUGCCCCUGAUGAUGGAGAAUAC